GUGUCCCCCACCUCUCACGCUCGCACCUCUCAGGGACACGGCAGUAUGAAGACGGUGGCCGCCCUCCUCCUGGUGGGGAUGCUCAUCCUCUGGGCAGAGCUGCCAACAGGCAGCGCCUGGUCCUGUCCCCCCGUCCGCUUCAUCUGCGCGAUGCACAACCCGCCGAACCAGUGCCUCGUCGACCGGCACUGCCCCCGCGGCAAGAAGUGCUGCCAGUCCUUCUGCGGGAGGAAGUGCCUCUCCAAGCCGCCGGCCAUCCCCGUCACCUACGUGUGAGCUCCAGCUCCCAGGAUAGACUGAGGGUCGUUUCAGCAUUCCUAUUCCACCUUGGCUCCAGGAUCACUCCGUGAUCGAGCUGCCGCACAGUGCUACGUGCCAUCCACUUCCCCUCUCCCGGUGCUUCCCCACCGCUCUUUGAACAAAUAAAAGAGGCUUUUCCCAGG